UCCUCCGCCACUCUCCAGCCUUGCCCACCCACCUCUGAUCUAGGUAGAUCCUCCACCCUUUACAGAGACCUUCCUUUCCUUCUCCUCGGGGGUCUCUUCCCCUCUUUCUUUCUUUCUUUCUCCCGACUUGCUCUUGACUUCUCCUUUCUUUUUCUUUAGGACUGGUCCUUCUCUUCUAUGAGACACUAAGGGGAGCAGAUGCCUUGGUCUGUAUAUACCCCCAUUAUUGCUUUUGGGGAGUGGGGGGAAGGUAGGUGACAGCUGCCAUGAACAGAAGGAUUCGGUCUCUCUCUCUCUUUCUCAUCACAAAAAACCCACAUCGGUAGCGCUAAACGGGUUUCGUGGCGGCUUGGGGGUGAAGGUGGCUGAUACAGGGAGCCCAAUGCUAACUCUACCAAGCCUUUGAGUGAAUAAUCAGCUUGGAUUCAUCUGCCAGGAUGUUUUGGCAUUGCUUGCCACCGGUUGUGCCUGCUGGGUAGAUGCUCCCAAUCUUGGAACCUUUCUUAAGAAUCCUCUUCGCUAUAACUGUGCUUUGGAUAACUUCGCUGCUGUCUGGAUUGUUACUUCGGGAUUGCUGCCUGCCCCUGUCGAAGAUGUCAUUGCUGCCUUUUUCUUUGGGAGCCUUUCAGGCAGGGGUAUGUUCUGCCAGGCACAUCCUUAAGGAGAUUUUGGAUUUAUAAUGCUCACGGUUUUGCUUGGAUCACUGCCUGCCACUGCCAGUUAACUUUGUCAUCUAGAUAAGGUGGCCCGAAGACCUCACUUAUCUCCUCCUGGACAUUACAGUGGCAUCCUUCUACAGGUUGAUAGCACAAGAUGCAUGGUGGCACCAACUGCACCUUGCUGUGAAACUUAGGUGCAGGGAUGAGAGUUGAGAACAGAGAUAUUGGAAUAUCACCCAAGCAGGGUAAGUUUAGAGCCUGUUUAAUUCCAUCUACAUAUGCAUCUACAUGUGGUUGCUACUAUUAUUUGGGAGAGAAAGGAGGAAGUGCAUGGGACUUCUGCCAAAAUCGUUCUGUGGAAUUUAAUAAGCCAGUCCUCAGGCUACAUAUGAUACCAAGGCUAGAAAAGAAAAGUUAUUGCAAAUGCUAAUUGGAGAGGUAGGAACUGGCAUGUAAUAUUCAAGGAGGAGAAUUAUGGGGGUGCAAAUUGGCUUGUCCCAAAAAUGCUGUGUAGCUCUUCACUUCUUCCAAUCUGUUCAAUCCUCAACUGGCACUGAAUGCUUCUCCUUUAAGAGUUAUAAAUAAAAUACUGAACUUCCAUGUUCAGAAGCAAUUUAACUUUGAACAGUAAAGGAGCACUGCUGCUUUUGUGAUUUCCUCUGCAAACUUCCCAAAGCAUCUGGUUGGCUAAGAUGGAAAUGAAAACCUUCAAACUGAGAAGAAAACACAUAGCCACAAAUUUAAGAAAAAUUCCUAGGAGACACCUGAGCACUCUGAUUUUCCAGUUGCUGCUGUCAUACAAAAAGCCAGGCAUCCUAAUCAGGAACUUCUUGCUAUUUCCCUAAAGAUUUUUAAAGAUUGCUACAUGCACCACUUUUCAACUUGGUACUGCGCCCCAAGGAAAUCACUCAUAUUCUUAGACAAAACUUAUGGAGCUGCAGAGACAUUCCAAAUCUAUAAAGGAUCCUCAUAAAUUCUCAGAAACAUUGGAUUGCCUGCAAGAACCCAAAAGCAAUGUGGGACAGCACAUCAAGCUGGAGAUGCGGGUUGAAGGGGAGGAUAUCCAUUCUUCACCUCCUAAACUCUCUCGGCCACCAGCACCUUCUCCUAGCAGCACCCUUGUUCAGAGUUUGAAUGGCUUACCGGGAGCAGAUAGGCGGGUACACGCUCCAGGUGUGACUACAGCAGGCCUCGACCAAGGAGAAACCUCUCGACUAGGGCAUUACCUGUUGAUUGACAGUCAGGGGCUGCCCUACACUGUACUGGUGGAAGAGGGAGUGGGAACACCAGGGGGCCCUGAAGGGGGUGGGAGUGGGGGGACCUUGCGCAAGGUAUACAGCUGCCCUGUGUGCUUGCGAACAUUCGAGUACCUGUCUUACCUGCAACGUCACAGCAUUACUCACUCAGAAAGCAAGCCCCACAUCUGCCGGGCAUGUGGCAAAGCUUUCAAGCGCACUUCCCAUUUGGAGCGCCAUAAGUACACCCACUCGGGCCGGAAGCCUCAUCAGUGUCCCAUCUGCCAGCGCCGUUUCCGUGACUCUGGAGAGCUCUCCCAUCACCAGCGGGUGCACACUGGUGAGCGGCCCUACCAGUGUGAAGCAUGCCACAUGCGCUUCGGGGAACGCAACACCCUCCAGAGGCACAUCCGCCGGAAGCAUCGUCUGCAGCUCCUCCCCACGGCGUAAAGACUGGUCUUUG